AUGUCCGCUUUAACAGCUAACGAUGUCGUUUCUUUCAAGGACCAGGCAACGGCCGACCAGGCCAAACCCCACAACGAUCUCCUUGUCAUCGAGCUAACGAUCCAGGACAUCGACGUAGCGAGAGUGUUGGUCGACACCGGAUGCUCGGCCAAUAUUAUCUACAAAAGCACCCUCGAAAGAAUGGAGAUCGAUCUGUGCGCCAUUACGGAAAGACCCAGCCCGAUAUUCGGACUCUCGGGAAAUGGUACUAUGACUCUCGACUCGAUCGACCUCGUUGUCAAAGCCGGGAGCGUCACCAAAGUCACAGAAUUAUUGGUCAUCGACCGCCCAACAUUGUACAAUGCGAUCGUCGGUACUCUAUGGCUGAAUUCCAUAAAGCUGACUCUUGAUGAAAACGCCCCGGAACGAGACUCGGAAGUCUUCUGGCAAUCUCAAAGGGCCGAAGCCCUAGAAGGGAAGCGCGAGCCGACUUGCAAACCGGUAAUUUUGAUCAGCCUCGACGAAUCCUCUCCGGAACGAUGCGUCGAGAUUGGAGCCAACCUCCGCGAGCCACUAAAGACAGAACUCAUCGCCUGUCUCAAAAAGAACCUCAAUGCGUUCGCUUGGGCUGCGGAAGACAUGCCAGGGAUCGAUAUCAGCAUAACGUGUCAUGAGGUUAACAUCGAUCUGACUUACAGACCUGUCAAACAAAAAGGGCGGAAGCUAGGACCGGAGCGUGCCACCGCGGUAAAUGAGGAAGUCGAAAGACUCUUGAAGGUCGGAUCAAUAAUAGAAGUUAGGUAUCCAGACUGA